AUGAGUUACGUCACUGACGUGUUACGUCACAAUGACGCCGUGCGAUAUGAGGCUGAGGUGACGCUGACGGGGAGAGACGGUGCGUUACAUCUGAGAGAUGUUGAGGGAAAGUUCAGAGAAGGUGAAGGUCGCGGAGCUGCUUCCGGUCCGGCUGGUGACGUCACGAGCCACGUACACCGCGACAUACAUAUACACGACAAUGAAUAA